UUCAACCAGCCAGUACUUAAUUAUUCAAUAUUCAAUUAUAUUAGACUUAAAAAACAUCAAGUUCCACAGCACACAUCAGAUACGAAAUGUCAUUGAAAUGAGGAAAUUAUCAUUCAGUGCACACUAUCGCAAUGGUUGCAACAGGCCACCGUAGAAUGCAGCACAGUGGGUUUUUCCAGUAGGGAGAAAUUGCUACUAGUGCAUUUACGCACAGCAGAUCUGGGCGUGUACUACUGAAUACAUUCACACCUACACAUCGGUGUCGAGUUAGUUGGCGAAGGGGUGCACUGCUUUUUGAACGUUACAACCAGCAAUAUUCCAACGAAGAAGUUCAGGUGUACGCAGUGAGCAUUAGUCACAUAUGGUCACAUCGACAGCUUGAGAAUCCAUUAGGGCCUACUGUUCGCCGGCCAUCUUCCACUUCCGAUUCAUCAAAGAGGUUUAAGUGUGCACAGUGAGCAUUAGUCACAUCUACAGCUUGAGGUAACAGAACCCCUUUCUCAUCAAGAUGGCCGAAGCCGCACUACCCACCACUGAGACCACUUGCAAGAUAAGCCAUGUACACAUCGAAUGCCCAAUCUGCCUGAGUCGGUUCACCAAUCCGAAAAUCCUGGACUGUCUGCACAGCUUUUGCUUCAAAUGUCUUCAGGAACUUAUAGACAAACAGGAUCCGAAGACGGACACUAUUAUUUGCCCAAUGUGUAAAAAAGAAACGUCAAUCCCAGACGGGGGAUUGUCGGAUCUUCUUGGCUGCUUUUUCUUGAGCUCGCUUAUUGAUGACGUCAUCAAUCUUGAAGGUCCAAAGAAGAACAUUAACCCACCUGUCUUGACUUGCGUUUGGUGCGACGAAGGUCUUGAAGAUGUCUCACGGUGUGUUGACUGUGAUGCAAUUUUUUGCAAAACAUGUCUGAAAAACCAUGCAAAACUAAAAAAUAACAAGCAUCAUCAAAUCGUUGAUGCUGUCGGCUCGUCAAAUGAGCGACCCAAAGACAAGAACAAAACUGAGCCACAAAAGUGCCGAAAACACAGUGACCAGGACCUGUGUUUCUAUUGCGAUACGUGUGAUUUACUUGUGUGUCUCAAAUGUGCGGUGUUUGAUCACCGAGCGACAAGCCACAAUCUCUCUGAGAUCAAUGAUUCCAUUCGAUCUUAUCGUCGAGCUGUUGAUGAAGCCUUGCAGAAGUUUGACGAGUGUCGCAAACAAUUCCAAAAAGUGGACGACUCUAUCAAGCACUCGCAUCGUAGAUUACAGCUCAUGGUCGACCGGGCUCUUCGAGAUAUUGUGGCUAAGGAGGAAGAGGAAAUCACUAAGAUAAGAAAUGCAUCACGCCUCCUUCAAGAAAGAAUCACUCAAAUUGGUCAAGAAAGAGGUGAGGGAUUUGAGAGCACACAGAGCAGCAAUCACGAUAAGAUGAGCCGUGCAGAGCAGAUCGUAGCUUCAGUCAAUGACUUGAUGCAUCAUGCUGAUAACUUUGAGCUGCUGGACCUGAAGCCAAAAGUUAUGCACAACUUAGACUUCCACAAAGAGCUCCAGUUUCAAACAGUGCAGCUUAGUAAGUCAUUCAUCGCUUUCAAAGGUCAUGAUAUCGUCACUGAUGCAGAUCUUGGUGAAAUACUAGAGGAAGAGAAGUGGGAGGUGAAGACAGAGUUUGGUAAAGAAGGGGAAGGUGAGGUGGAGUUCGAGUGGGCAAGAGACGUUGCUUGCUUCAGCAAUGGUGACACUGUCGUUAAUGAUACAGCCAGGUGCCUAUUAUCCACAUUUACAUCAAAGGGUAUUUACAAAUCUACAGGUGGUCAAAGUGGAUCAGAGGACGGUAAACUAAAACAACCUGUUGGUGUCGCGGUGACCUCUGAUGACCUGCUUCUGGUUAUUGACAGACAGGAUGUAAAGGUUUAUGAUGGAGAACUGAGAUACAUUCGUCAGUUCAGACCCUUACAGAAUCGAGUCGAUGGGCAAAGCCAGUCAAAGAGUCUACUUCGUGGUAUUGAUGUGGACAAGAAAGAUCGAAUUGCAGUGGCUGACUAUAAGAGAAAGGUAAUAUCUCUUCAUAAUAUGGAUGGAUCCAUUAUUUCCACAAUACAUCAUGACGAUAUUAGUAUCAACUGCUUUCUAUCUGUAAGCAGCACGGAGCUUCUGGUUUUUACAAACUGCACGGAGAUGAAACUAGUUUGUCUGGAUUUCAUGGGAAACGAGGUGUUCAAUAUCAGCACCUCCAUUGAUGGCAAACCUGUAAAACCGCUUGGACUAUGCUGCGACGAUGCUGGAGACAUCUAUGUGUCUGUUCAUUACGAUGGCCGGACAACCCAUGAGAUUCAUCAUUACGAUGCAUCAGGUGAGCACAUCGGCUGUGUAGCUCGUGGUUUGUACUUUCCUCUUGGCAUGACGUUUACUCCUACCGGUGACCUCAUCGUGGCUGAUAUGCACUCGGUCAAGGUCUUGCAUCGUUUUUAAAGUGUCCAGAACAUCAUGGUCGAAAAUGGUACAAUAUCGUGAAUAACAAGGAAAUUCACUAAGUUGAACAAUAAUAAAUAAACGAGAGACUAACCCAGUCUUUCGACACGAAUGUGAAUAUUCUCAUUUUUGACAAAAUGUACAUUCAAAAUAUUAUUCAAAUGUACCAAUAACUUUAUGAUUGUUCGACUCUCGCUUUGCAUUGAGUCAUUUAUAAAGUAAUACCCCGAUGUUCAGGUUAACCAAACAAAGAAUGGUAUGAUGUAAAAUCGUGACAAUUAUUGUGAGGGUAAAUCACAGCCAGUGACCGCUCAGGAGGAAACUCCAAGCUUCAUGUUCAGUUAUCUAGCUAGGAAAACGUGGUUUUACUAGACUCCAUGAUUUUCCAUUUAAUAUGCAGCCACCUAGAUUGCAAAUAAUGUACAGCUACGAAUGUUGGUUGAUGAUGAGCAGCUCUCAUGUAACAUGUAAAUACCUUACUAUGAGAAGACAACGUCUCCAGUAAGAACCGUAACCAAGUCUGAUAAAUCACUUUAGAUUGUUGACAGCAAACCGAAGCAUUGACACGAGAUACUAACAAGGUUGUAGGGAUCCCAGAUCCGAAAAAUGGCCAAUGGUGUCAAGUUAGCAUCGAAUUUCUCAAGAGUGAACUGUGGGAAAAGAGAAAUCAAAAUCGUAAAAAUUAUCUUAAUAUGGUUGCUAUCCGCAAACUUUUAACUUACUUUUAAAUCAUUUACAGCUUUUAAAUUUAAGUGCCCUUUGAUUGCCUUUAUGCUUCGGACCGUAGGGCCUUAUUAUUAUAAUCACGCCACGUUUUAAAAUAAAGGAAAAAGCCUUCACUUGAUAAGUAAAUAAUUAACAAUUGAAGUAACUGAUGUUAUCAUUCUUCGAAAAAUCGAUGACAUUUUUGAAUAAUAGUACAGUUUUACUUCAGACAUGCCAUUGGAUACAGAGGUAAUGCUAGGGCGCCACCUUCAGACAUGACAGUUAAUAAUGUUUAGUGUAUAACAUAAUGCUACCUAAUGAAGACAAAAAAUAAAAUAAUACAUAAACAAUUAAAGGCUUGUAAAAUGCAUUUGCUUUGCGCUACCGCUAUGCACUUCCUAUUCGAACCAAAUCACUCAGUUGAUAAUAAUAGUUAUAUUUCAAAUCUUUGGUUUGUCGGACUUUCGAACAAUAUGUAUGUAACUAAAUACUGUGGUUGGUAGACAAUGUAUUCUCCUGCUAUUCUACCGUUAAAUCAUUUUAAUAUGUAGUUCUAGUAAACUGAAGAACUUUAUAAGAUUCAACUGUAAUUUGAUUCACUAAAGCUUUAUUCAUGUUGAACUUAAGUUUUUAAGAAUAAACCAUCAAAAAUUAA